UUGACCGUUCACCGACAGUUCUCUCGACAUUCGACAUCUACGACGCCAUCUUCUUCCUCUUCUUUCAUUAAUCAAAGACGAAGAAGGCGGGAGAUAGUCGUUAAAAUAAGACACAAAGACAGGGGAAGACCCGUAAAGAGUGAAAGAUGAGCGGAACCAAAGCCCGCAGCGACGCGCCUGUUGCUGAAAACGUCUCCGGCGGCGGGCACAGUACUGCGGCUCCUCCGCGGGACCGCAAGCCCGGCGGAGGGGUUCUGAAGAGGCUCAAGUCCCGAAGGAGUCAGGUGGACAGCAGGCCCGUCACGGAGGAAGACCUGCGGACACAGAGUGGGCACAUUACGCCGGAGGAUGUACUAGGACUGCGAGUGGCAACGCGAGGGUACCUCUGUAAACCAGAGGACAAUAUUUAUAACAUUGACUUUGUACGCUUUAAGAUCAGAGACCUGGAGACCGGCACUGUCCUGUUUGAGAUUGCCAAGCCUCCACAUGCAGAUGAUGAUGAGGAAAACAGAGACGCAGACACCAGUGCAGGCCGUUUUGUACGCUACCAGUUCACCCCGGCCUUCCUGCGCCUGAGAACUGUGGGAGCUACGGUGGAAUUCACAGUUGGAAGCCGACCUCUAAACAACUUCCGUAUGAUUGAGAGGCAUUACUUCCGUGAUCACCUGCUCAAGAGCUUUGACUUUGACUUUGGGUUCUGUAUCCCAAACAGUCGAAAUACCUGUGAGCAUAUCUAUGAGUUCCCUCAGCUGUCUGAGAGCUUAGUCCGUCAGAUGGUGGAGUGUCCUUAUGAGACCCGGUCAGACAGCUUCUAUUUCGUGGAGAACAGACUGGUCAUGCACAACAAGGCAGACUAUGCUUACAAUGGAGGACAGUGAUAUCUGCCUGCAAACAUGCAAACACACAGACAAACAGAUUUACUCAGAUUUAUAGAUACAUGCAUGCACAUGUCUAAACAUACAUGCAGUUCAGUCACUCAUACAUGCACAAGCAGCAACAGACACGGCCGAAUUGCCUCCUUUAUCAGGGGGUGUAUUAUAUUCUGGAGGCCAGCUCUACCAUACUAAUAGGAUGCUUUUGUAUGAAAUGGAGUCAGUUUAUCUGGUUUUAAUUUAAACAGAUAUGUUUUAUACCAAAAGAAGAAUCGUCACUCUAGUGGCCAUGUGACUUGUGUCUCAAAACGACCAAAUGGUUAGUACAGAGUCCCUCUGGGCAAUUUUAAAAGUGGCCUACCACCCCCUCAACACACAUCCACAUUAACACGCACACAUAAACGCACUCAAUCCCCAAGUGACACACAUAGUGUUUACGCAGUGUGUGUGUGUCAGAAGCAGCUGUUCUCAGAGCUACCGCCUCCACGAUUCACUCUAGACAAUAUCGGGGGAGAAAGGGAGGAACCAUCCACAAAAACACUCCUGUCAAACACACAUGGUCACUCCAGCAUUCUAAUCUCCCCUUGCUUCCUGGAUCUCAUACAAACACAUAAUCAACAGUACUGUAUAAGGUUUGAUCAAAGGUUUUUUUCUGAUGUUUUUUUCUGCAACCAAUCAAGGCUGUAACCCCAUAUAAUGAGCCAUUGAAAAGGACAUUCUUAAGUGGAAAAUACCCAUAAGUUCAGAGAGUGGGAGGGGUUAUUGGAAUCCAUCAUGCAUGCAAUGAUAUAAACAAAAAGGGAAAAGAUUUGUAAGAACAUGUCUGUUUUAAUGUAACAAAAUAAAAGAAGAAGUGUACUUGGCCCACUGAAAUGUUUCUUACUUCUCGUAAAGUCACGUCAGAUAUUCUUCUCCCCCAUCUGAGUUUUUAAAAUGGUAUUUUUUUAAUCUUAACUCUCUCACGCAUGUCUUAAAUCAAAAAUCAAGUUGGAAUAUGUCUGGAUACU